AUGAAUCAUCUCCGUCUGCGCGUCGAUGGACGAACAUUUCGAGAUCCCCUGAAUCGAGAAAUCAUUUUGCGUGGAAUAAAUGUGGCAGGUGAUGCUAAAUAUCCGAAGACCCCAGAUCUCAGAUCGCAUAAUCUCCAGGAGUUCUUCGAGGAGGACGUAUCGUUCGUGGGAAGGCCGUUCUCCCUGGAAGAUGCCGACAUACAUUUCCAACGUCUUCGAAAAUGGGGAUACAACACCAUUCGAUAUAUCUUCACUUGGGAGGCAAUUGAACAUGCCGGACCUAGGAUUUACGAUGAGCAUUGGAUCGAUUUCACCAUUGGGAUUCUUCGUAUCGCCAAGCAAUACAAUUUCUACAUUUUCAUGGAUCCGCAUCAAGAUGUAUGGUCUCGGUUAUCAGGAGGAUCGGGAGCACCUUCAUGGACGCUCUAUGCUGCAGGACUAAAUCCAAAGAGUUUCAAAGAUACACAGGCAGCCCUCGUUCACAACACAUGGGACAAUCCGGCAGAUUUCCCCAAAAUGCUUUGGUGUACAAACUACACUAGGUUAGCCUGCCAGACGAUGUUUACUCUGUUUUGGGCAGGUCGAGAUUUCGCACCAAAGGCGAUCAUUGAUGGUGUGAAUAUUCAGGAUUAUUUACAAAGCCACUUUAUCGCGGCAUGCGAAUACCUUGCACAGAGAAUCCAAAAUGCCAGUGAUCUCGAAGGAGAGGUAGUAAUUGGGUGGGAAAGCAUAAACGAACCCAAUAAAGGCCUGAUCGGGACUCAAGAUAUUUCCUCAAUACCAUCAGAGCAGCAUCUCCAGCUCGGUACAUCUCCAACGGCAUUUCAGGGUAUGCUCAUUGGUUCCGGAUGGCCAUGCAAGGUAAAAACCUGGUCUUUCGGGAAAUUCGGCCCAUACCAAUCAGGUACGGAGGUUAUAGAUCCAAAGGGUGAACAGGCAUGGCUGUCUACCGAAUACGACGACUCUCAAUAUGGCUGGCACCGCGAUCCGGGCUGGAAGCUCGGUGAAUGCCUCUGGGGGCAACAUGGAGUCUGGGAUUCAUCCGAAAGGAAGCCGACCCUGCUACAAAAGGACUACUUUUCAAGAAACCCACAGACUGGCGAGACUCUUGACUACGAACGCUUUACAAACACAUAUUUUCUGAAUCACUAUCGAGCAUACAAGGACGCCCUUCGCAAUGUGUGUGGAACUACUAUUAUGUUUUGCCAGCCACCAGUCAUGGAGUUACCACCGACUCUCAAGGGUACAGUGGAUGAUGACCCGAACAUGGUUCACGCUGCUCACUUUUAUGAUGGUCUGACUCUUUUAACGAAGCAUUGGAAUCGGCUCUACAACUUGGAUAUUGUCGGGUUGCUUCGAGGCAAGUAUCUUGCGCCAGCCUUCGCUAUCAAAUUCGGCGAGAAAUCAAUUCGAAAGAUCCUACGUCGUCAACUCAAGUUUCUACGUGACGAAAGUCUACAAAAUAUGGGUGAUCAUCCCUUACUCUUCAGCGAGAUUGGCAUUCCAUAUGAUAUGGAUGAUAAACACGCAUAUAAGAGUGGAGACUACCGCAGCCAGGUCAAAGCAAUGGAUGCAAAUCAUUUUGCGUUAGAAGGGAGCAAGGCCAACGGCUUUGCUUUGUGGGCCUAUGUGGCAGAGAACGACCAUGAAUGGGGCGAUCAGUGGAAUGGGGAGGAUCUUUCUAUAUACUCACCGAAUGACUUGGAAUCGCCUAUCCCAACCUCAUCUCAUUCAACCAGGUCCGAUUCCACAGUCUGCUCUAAAGAUCAUCUUAUCAACGUUAAAGAGGAGAAAGCUAGCUUGUGCAAGGCUUCGACACCCAAUUGCACCUCAAGUAAUUUGUCCCAGACUACCCUGUGGCCGCAACAGAGCUACAGGGCAGUGGAAGCAUUUCUCCGACCCACUCCUAUCUACACGAAUGGGCAAUUAGAAAGUCACGCAUUCGAUUUGAAGAAGUGUACUUUCACCAUGAGGUUGAUUGCAAAUCAGGUCGCGCCCGAAACACCGAGUGAAAUAUACCUCCCUGACUUCCAUUUUCCAAUGGGAAAUACUUCGGUUGAGGUCAGUGGAGGGAAAUGGGAAAUCUGCCAUCAGGAAUUCCAUACGGUCAAGCUUCAAUAUCUACGAUGGUGGCAUGGUGAGGGAACAGUGGAUAUCGAGAUCCGGAGAACCAAAUGCAAGCACACAUCACGGGAAUAUGCCACUCUGCAAAAACUCCACAAGACUCGAUGCAUGAUGAUGUGA